GGUUGCUUUGGAUCUCCUGAGUUGAUCAAUAAUGGCUGAAUCUUUUGAUUCCAAGGGGGGUGCGAAACCUGCCUGCUCGAAUUCUUUCACCUUUGCGGUGAGUGUCUCAAGGUAAUGAUCUGUACUCUCCGGGCAGAUAAGCCUCACGUGUUCUGCGAGUUGAUAGAGGUAGUCUUUGUUUGUUCCACUCGGUCCUGCGUGUGUCGCUAUCCUCAUAGCAAGUUCUUUGAGUGGUUCAGGACCGACGAAUGCCGGGUUAUCUAAUCUUCCGACGUAGAUAAGUACGUCCCUGAAUUUGAUCUUAUUAUCAGGGCCGUAUACAUCUAGACGCUCUUCUGCGUAUCCGUUCUUUUCACGGUGAUCGAGAUAUGCUUUGACGGCGAAUGAAUGCUCCUGUGCGAUUUCGUAUACGACACCCCAGACUUGAUCGUCCUCUGGGAAAGCAUCCUGGGCACCACACGGGUGACUUUUAGCGUAGUCUUGCCAUUCGUCGCUGUGUAUAAUGGUAGCAACACGUCCGGGGCUGGCUGGUGUACCUCUAUGGUCGUUGCUCGAUUGCGCGAAACGUCUAGCAAAGCCUUUGAUGUAUCCGGGAUAGCGACCAAUGUACUAUCGAGGGUAAGAUAAUAGCAAAGAAAUGAUCUAUAACAUACGUGUGGAACUGGUUUGUAUAACAGACUACCGUAUCCGAAUACCAACAAAUUCAUCCUCGUCGUCGAGUAGAGAACUUCUAAUCAGUUAGCCGAAUUAGUGUAGUAAUGAUGUGAUAGCGGAAUUUUUAAUCUCAAUUAGAGUUAAAAAUCUAAAACAUGCGAUUUAUUAAUUUUGUUAUCAGCUGCUCUUAUGUCCGCUUACUAGACGACAUCGACGACUUCUACUACAUAUACUUUAUCUACUACACAAAUGAAAGACAAACUCGAAGACGCUAACUUUCCUAGAACGGCAGACAAGAGGGUUUAUCAUUUAGGAUUACGUAAAGGUGAGGUGGCCAAUAGACUCCUAGUCGUUGGUGACAGCGGACGUGCACGUAUGCUCGCAGAGAACUUCGACAGCGCACCCUUCCAAUUGCGCUCUGAUAGAGGUUUUGAAUGCUACACCGGUCUUUACAAUGGCAAACCCAUUUCUAUUUUAGCAAUCGGUAUGGGUUUCUCAGCUAUGGAUUUCCUAGUGCGUGAAGCACGCGCUUGUGUCGAUGGCGAAAUGGUUAUUGUCAGGAUGGGCAGUUGCGGUAGUCUAGAUCCAAACAUAGGUGUUGGCAGCUUAGUUACACCACUGUCUGCUUGCGCCGUCACUUCUAAUUAUGAUUAUUUCACCGAUGACGAUUACAGCGAUCAAGAGCCUUAUCUCAUUAGCCGCCCUGUCAACGCUGAUCCAGAAUUACACAGCGCCUUGUUCGAGAAUGUGAAGAAUGCACACGGGGUGUCUGACAGCGAUGCGGCCUGUGUUGGCCACACUGUCAACGCGUCCGCUGAUUCAUUCUACAGUAGUCAAGGACGUACGGACCCUAGUUUCUACGAUGCAAACGAUACACUUUUAGAGAGUAUAGUAGACAAAGUUCCAAAUGUCUCCACCUUAGAGAUGGAAACACAUCAGCUUUAUUUCCUCGCACAUCUCGCUAAUAAGCGUCAUUUAUUGCAUGAUAGUACCACGUUAGACGCCGCGCCAGCUUCACAAAGUAAGAUACGUGCAGCAGCUGUUCAAAUGGUAUUUGCUGCUCGUGCAUCCCGCGCGUUCAUCUCGCCUGCUCAAGUCAAGCAACUGCAGAACUGGGUCGGAAGAGCAUGUCUCGAUACCCUCUCUGCUUUCUUUAUACCUCCAUCAGAAGUUCAACAAGAUGGCAUCUGGAAUUAAACAUAUUAUGAAUCCUAAAAGUGAAAUGAAUCCUAACAAAGAAAUAUUAAUAAACC